AUGCCGCCACGAAUACCGCGCGGGCUACUGCCUCUCAAACAUCCCGUCCCCCCACCACCACACGUACGCACAGUCCGAAGUAGAGGGCCCCAGCAGCGCCCCGAGAAACAGCCAUCUCAGGCAUCACAACCACCACAAGAGCCAGGCUCAGACGCACCCACUUUUCAAGAUGCGCCGCCGCAGAACAGCCCGCCACCGCCCUCUAUGUCAAACAUGCUAGCCCAAACCAGUGACGCCGACAACCCACUCCUCGCCCCCGUACACAUCCCCGACGAUCCUCACGCGGUGCUGAAGUCAGGCCACCCCUCGACGAACCUCCUCGCCGAGUCCGGCAUCGUGGUGCAGCGGCAGAUCGAGAUGAUGAACGUGUUCCUCGGCUUCGAACAGGCGAAUCGCUACGUCAUACUCGACCCGCACGGAAACCACAUCGGCUACAUGGCGGAGCACGAAGGCGGCAUUGGCAGGAGUCUGGGACGACAGUUCUUCAGCACGCAUCGGGCCUUUACGACGAAUGUCUUCGACCGCCAUGGAGACGAGGUGCUGCGGUUCCACAGGCCAUUCAGCUACAUCAACUCCAGGAUAGGCGUGUACGAUCCGCUCGAGCCUGGCGGCCACAGCAGCGUCAAACUGUCUUCUGCCACGGCGGUGCAACCCUCUACCGAUGCUGGUCCAGUCCAUACGCUCUCUCAGCUGCCCCUCGACGCUAUGCGCAUCAUUGGAGAAGCCCAAUCCGAGUGGGCGCCGCUCCGCCGCAAAUACAAUCUCUUCCUCGCCCAUGACCUCCCGUCCGCGAACCGAUCUGAAGCUAUUUCGACCCAGAAACAAUCCAACGCGCCAGAGAUGAUCCAAUUCGCCUACAUCAACGAGCCCUUCCUCUCCUGGGACUUCUCCCUCAAGUCCGCCUCUGAUCAGCUUCUUGGCUCGGUGAACCGGUCGUUCCGCGGCUUCGCGCGGGAGAUCUUCACCGACACCGGCUCCUAUGCACUGCGCAUGGAUUCGGCCGGGUUGGAGCUUGAGGCCGAGAAACGCCACAUCAUCUCACAGUCUCACCAGGGUGAGCGCGCCUAUGCGGAAGCCCUGGGCUCGGAAAGUAAGACGGGCAUGACGCUCGAUCAGCGCGCUGUCAUGCUCGCGACCGCUGUGACGGUGGACUACGACUACUUUUCCCGUCACAGCGGCAGCGGCGGCAUCAUGCCCAUUCCAUUCAUGAUGGGCGGUGGUAGCGAAGGCGCUGCCGCCGGUGGAGCCGCUGCAGGCGCGGGAGCUGCGGGGGCUGGCGAGGUCGGGGCGGCUGUGGGUGGGGCUGGACGAGCUGUCGGUGGCGUCACGGGUGCGGCAGGUGUAGGUGGCAUGGGAGAAGGCGCGAUGGCCGGCGCCGGAACAAUGGCUGGCUAUGAAGCUAUGCAGCGAGGUCUUGGCCGUGAUCAGCCCGACCAGCAGCAACCGCAGCAGCAGCCUGGGCCUGUUGAUGAUGCCAGUCCCCAGGCGCCACAGGGAGACUACGGACAGCAGCCGUACGACUCCCAAUCACCGCAAUCUGGCUUCGGUGAGCAAGAUUCAGGCCAAGACGUCUGGGGCGGCGACAACGAUCCUUGGCAAGGCGCUGACGGGGGUGCUGGUGCUGGAGGUGGCGGCGGUGAAGGCGGUGGUGGCUUCUUCAGCUCGCUUUGGGAUGCGUUCUUUGGUGACUGA